UAGCGGUCAUUCCAGUAAUACAAGAGCUUUGGAACACCUCGCGUAGGAAACCAGAGCCAUAUGCUAACCCAAAACACGGGACAGUAAAGCGAUGAUUACUUCAAUAAAUGAAUUUCUAAGAAUCUGAAGACACUAACGAUCAAGCGCGUUUGAACGGAGCCACUCAUUCAACCGCUUUGUCAACGUGAAAUAGGUUGUCAACUCUCCGAAAGCAGCAAUGGACCACAGAGACACAGCCCCAGAUUCGUGGGAGCUAGAGGAAGAUGCCGAGGCCCCUACAACGGCUGCUGGUCUCUCGGCUGCUAUCGCCGCUCUGAACGUAAACGCGAAACCGUUUGUCCCCAACAUUAACGCUGCGGUGUUUGUGCCGAGCUUCUUCCAGAGUACCGCCGUUGAAAGUCCGCCAGUAUCAGAUGCUCCGUCUGAUCCUACUGGCAGUAUGGAGGUAGCAGGGACUAUCGCUCCAGUGGAGAAUGGGGGUACCGAGUCCGACAUGGUGACCGAAGAGGAGACCUGGGAGCAGAAGGAUGAACCGGAUGGUGGGGGAGGAGGUGAAGAAGAAGAAGGAGGCGAGAAGGAAGAGGAGGGUGCUGCCUGUGGCCAAGGAGGCCCCUCUGACGAGGAGGUCCAGCGGCUGGAGCUGGGGGAUGAGGAUGAGGAGGAUGACGACGAUGAGAUGAUGAUGGAGGAGGAAGAGGAGGAGCUACCCCUUCCCAAAGUGGCUCCUGCCCAGCCCAAUGCCCCCAAGAAGGAGCACGUCAAUGUGGUCUUCAUCGGUCAUGUCGAUGCUGGCAAAUCCACUAUUGGUGGACAGAUCAUGUAUUUGACCGGUAUGGUGGAGAAGAGGACUCUGGAGAAAUACGAACGAGAAGCAAAGGAGAAGAACAGAGAGACAUGGUACCUGUCCUGGGCUUUGGACACCAACCAGGAGGAGAGGGACAAGGGGAAGACGGUGGAGGUAGGCCGGGCGUACUUUGAGACAGAGAAGAAGCACUUCACCAUCCUGGACGCGCCGGGACAUAAGAGCUUUGUGCCCAACAUGAUCGGUGGGGCGUCGCAAGCGGACCUCGCAGUGCUGGUGAUCUCAGCCAGGAAGGGAGAGUUUGAGACGGGCUUCGAGAAGGGCGGGCAGACACGGGAACACGCCAUGCUGGCUAAGACAGCGGGCGUCAAACACCUGAUCGUCCUUGUCAACAAGAUGGACGACCCCACCGUCAAUUGGAGUCUUGAUAGGUAUGAAGAAUGCAAGGAGAAGUUGGUGCCAUUCCUCAAGAAGGUGGGCUUCAACCCCAAGAAGGACAUCUACUUCAUGCCCUGCUCAGGCCUCACGGGGUCCAACCUUAAGGAGCCCGUCCCAGAAUGCACCUGGUACACAGGGCUGCCAUUCAUCUCGCACCUGGACAGCCUGCCAAGCUUCACCCGGUCCAGCGACGGCCCCGUCAGACUCCCCAUUGUAGACAAGUACAAGGACAUGGGCACGGUGAUCCUCGGAAAGCUGGAGUCUGGCUCCAUCAGUAAAGCCCAGCAGCUGGUGAUGAUGCCGAACAGGCACACGGUGGAGGUGCUGAGCCUGCUGAGCGACGACGUGGAGACGGACGACGCCGACCCCGGGGAGAACCUCAAGCUGCGUCUGAAGGGCAUCGAGGAGGAGGAGAUCCUGCCCGGCUUCAUCCUCUGCAACGCUGAGAACCUCUGCCACUCCGGACGCACCUUCGACGCCCAGAUUGUCAUCAUUGAACACAAAUCAAUCAUAUGCCCCGGUUACAACGCAGUCCUGCACAUUCACACCUGCAUUGAAGAAGUUCAAAUCACAGCCUUAAUCUGUCUGGUGGACAAGAAGUCUGGGGAGAAGAGCCAGACCCGGCCCCGCUUUGUGAAGCAGGACCAGGUGUGCAUCGCCCGGCUCCGGGCGGCCGGCACCAUCUGCCUGGAGACCUUCAAGGACUUCCCUCAGAUGGGACGAUUCACGCUGCGUGAUGAAGGUAAAACCAUCGCUAUUGGCAAAGUGCUGAAGUUGGUUCCAGAUAAGGACUAAAGGAGCUCAAGCAGCAUUAUGCAUGGAGAUCUUCCACUGGGUUCAAACGUCAGGAGAGCGCUGCCAGAGCCAACCCGAAACAGCCCCUUCUGUCUCUACACACCACUAUGCUGCAGAAGAAAAGUGCCGCGAACGACGACGAUGAAGAAACACAAAACACAGGAGAGAACAGGGCAAUUGAAGAAAAGAAAACAAACAAAAAGAAAACAAACAAAAAGCAACGGACUGAAUCAGUUAUUACGACGAACGAUACGACUGAGUCCAGUGUGUCAGCUUUCUCAUAUUGAGAGCUAUGCUAUGCCACUAAUGUAGCUGUUACCCCUCCUGCCCCCCCCCCCCCCCCCCCCUGCCUACUUCUCUGGUCAACAUGCUGUUGGAAGGCUACGCCAUUUGUUUUGGAAUGGAUAUCAGUGCAGCGUAACUAAGUUCGGGAGAGAAUUAAAAGAAAAUCAUGCUGAUCGGCUUCAUAUCACAUUAUGGGCCCGAAAUACCCUCUGAAUAUGAUUUGCAAAUGGAUGAGGUCAUCCCCCUUUUUAAACGAUCUUGGUAAUUCACUGGGACAUUUUACUGUGGUUUUAAGGAUUGCUGUACCAAAAUUUUAAUUUGGUCUCCACAUAUUUCUGGAGGUGUUGAAUUUUCAUGUCAAGUGAAAUCAGAUUGACAGAGAAUGACCACACAACUAUGCGCUCCCGUAAUUGUCAAAUAAUUGAUCAAAAUAAAUACAAUUGAUGAAAGAAAAACGA